AAUAGGAACUGACGACCACUACGAAGCACCAUCUGACGCGCUGUCCCUUACUGUUGGGCAAUAAAGUUGUUUAUAGCUCCUGUAUCAGAGUUCUCCGUCCCACUUGUGUGAGCCUCCAUUUGUGGAUGUGUGGAGUUUUAAUUCUCAAUAGGGUUGCGAUGUAAAAAAUGUGUCGUGCAGUGUUUGGUCAGUGAUUGAGGUUUGGUGUAAAGGUGGAUCGUGAGGAGCUGAAGUGACCUUGGGACUGCUUGCUGAGGGCAGGACAGAAUUCCUGAAGGGACACAUGGUCUAGAGUGACAAGGCCAUCUGCUGUAGCGCCAGCACUAGGAGGAAGGUGGAGGGGGCCUGGACACUGGGGGUGCUGAGAAUUCCUUUCGCUGGGGUGUGGAGGGAGUAGGUAUUCUGGGAUAUCGCUGCUAGCAGUCCGCUGAGAAACGUGUUUCUUUGGCAUAUUUGAAACGGAAAUCCGAGGAAGAAUUCUGAAACGCUCGAUGCUCGGAGGGGAUCAUGCAGGGUUAUAUGUGGAAGGUAUAUUUCUGGCUGUAGAGCUCUCCACGCAGUGACUGGUGAUAAUGGUCCUGGUGUAUUGCUGUUUUACUGGGGUGGAUCCAGUUUCCUCUCCGUCUCAGCACAGCCGGAGCUGAGAGUGUGGGGUCUGGUAGGCCUUUCUGGCUCCGACCUCUCAGAGGAUCAUCUUCAAGGGAUCUUCUUUGGAGUUGUGCUGUGCAUGGCAAGGAUCUAUUUUCUUGCUGCCUCACUGAAAUUGCAUGGCCUAAACUGAUGAAUAUUUUUAUGAGGCGCCUAGCACCAGAGAUGGGCCAGGACCAAACCAAGCAGCAGAUAGAGAAGGGCCUGAGGUUGUACCAGUCCAACCAGACGGACAAAGCUCUGCAUGUCUGGACAAAAGUGCUGGAGAAAACCUCUGAUCCUGGAGGGAAGUUUCGGGUGUUGGGGUGUCUGAUCACAGCUCACUCAGAAAUGGGAAAAUAUAAAGAUAUGCUCAAGUACGCCCUGGAUCAGAUAGACACAGCCAGGGAAAUGGAAGACCCAGACUACCUGACAGAGGGCUACCUGAACUUGGCACGCAGCAAUGAGAAGCUAUGCGACUUUCAGAAAACAGUGUCCUACUGUAAGACCUGCUUAAACAUGCAAGGUACCACCGUCAGCCUGCAGCUCAAUGGCCAGGUGUGUCUCAGUAUGGGCAACGCCUUCCUGGGCCUCAGUGUUUUCCAGAAAGCUCUGGAAAGCUACGAGAAGGCCCUGCGCUAUGCACACAACAACGACGACAAGAUGCUCGAGUGCAGAGUCUGCUGCAGUCUGGGGAACAUCUACGUUCAACUUAAGGACUAUGAGAAGGCCCUGUUCUUUCCCUGCAAAGCAGCUGAGCUCGUCAAUGACUACGGCAAAGGUUGGAGCCUCAAGUAUCGAGCCAUGAGCCAGUACCACAUGUCUGUAGCCUACAGGAAACUAGAGCGCCUGCCAGACGCCAUGGAGUGCUGUGAGGAAUCUAUGAAGAUUGCUCUGCAGCACGGUGACCGUCCUCUGCAGGCUUUGUGCUUACUGAACUUUGCAGACAUACACCGCUGCAGGCGAGACGUUGAUAAAGCAUUCCCUCGAUAUGAGUCUGCUCUGGCUAUCAUUACUGAGAUUGGAAAUCGUCUUGGACAAACACAAGUCUACCUGGGAGUUGCAAAGUGUUGGCUUCAGCAGAAGGAAUUUGACAAGGCUCUCGAUUCCCUGCAGCGAGCACAGGAAUUGGCAGAUGGAAUGGGAAACAAGCUGUGCACGCUGAAGGUCCACUGCCUGUGUGAAGGGAUUUAUCGGAGCCGGGGGCAGCAGGAGGAGCUCAGAGAGCAGGUGGUGAAGUUCUUGCAGUGUGUGGAGGAGCUGGAGCUGUACUGCGGCAUGUGUGGAGAGUCCAUCGGGGACAGGGACCAAAAACUGCAGGCCUUACCCUGUUCCCACAUCUUCCAUCUCAAGUGUCUGCAGACAAAUGGGACAAAAGGUUGUCCUAAAUGUUUUAAGUCCUCCAUGAAGCCAGGAUUCGUCUGAUUGUAAGACUGUUUGUGCGUUGGAUCUACAGACACAGCGUAAAGCUUCCCAGGCUGUUGACUGAUCUCAGAGCAGCAGGCAGCCUCAAGAUGAGCUGAAGAUGAGUGAGGAGAUGGCAGAGGAGGGAAAUUCACUGCUCUGUGCGAGGGAUGCUGAACUGAAGCAAAGUGUGUCAGAGUGCAACUCCGAGGACACAUUAAAAGCAGCGUGAUAGUGUACUUGGAUGGGAGACCGCAGCUCAGUCUGAGAGUCACAGCUGACUGAGAAGGCAUAUCUGACAGUGGUACUUUUUAAUAUAAGCUGAGAAGAGAACUUUGUCGUCCCUAAUGAUGGGCAGUUUGUUGCAGAAUAUAUAUCUAAAGGGAAAUGGACCGUUGAUGGAGAAUUUUUAACCAGUAUUUCUUGUUUUAUGCAUAAAGGUUGUUCAGAGAAAUCAAGAAGAAAUGAUCUUAGAGGGAAAUAUCCAAACAUUUUAAUAGUGAUUUUGUUGUUUAACUUUUUACAUAACUUCCACUUUUGCAGUACACAUCAUUUUCUGAGGUUUUUAUCAGAGCAGAGCCAUUUUUGACAUUAUCUGAUUUAAUAUAUAUGCAUAUAUUUAUUACUGUAUUCAUGUACAUUGUAUCUAAUGUUAAUUUGUUUGACUUAUUUGAGGUGUUUUAUAAAACCUAAAACAAACUAAAGUCUCUUAACCAUUCAAAACUAGUAUGUCUUCACAGAACAGGUACAUGCAGCUGUUUUUGUUGUUGUUGUUGUUGUUGUUGUUUUCUUGGUGACAAAAAGGAGCAGAAAUAACUUGCAAUUCAUGUCUGGGAAAGUGCACUCUUAAGUCUGAGAAGUUAAGAGAGAAACUUGUUUGGAAAGGAUCUACUUCGACCAAUCACACACUUGUCAAAUAAUGAUUUAGAAUGGAUACAUGCAGUACGUUUUAGUGUAGUGUCUUCUUAUAUGUAGUCAUAUAUACAUAUGCAUUUACUGGUAGUAUCUUAUUAUUCACUUUCAAAGGCAUUGCUAAUCUAUGUGGAUAUUAAGCGCAAAACCAGUUAUUGUUGCAUGUUUUAUUCUCAACGCCGAGCAACAAAGUUGGAUUAUAUCAAUCCAUGUAACUGUGUAUUUACUUAUUUUGGAAUAAUUAUAGUAUUUCUUAAUACUUAAUACUCAUUGGUUUAGCAUUUGUAUUCCUUAUAUAUUUAUUGAUUUAUUUUUAGGUAUAUUAUGAUUUUGGGGGGAAAAAAUCAUAUAAAUAUCUUAUCAUAUACAAUUAGUGUACCUCAAAACAUAAUCCACUAAAUUUCUAAUUGUUGCUUCAGGCGCCAAAAUGGAGUUCUUCUCUAUUCUUGAAACAGGCUGAUUUGAAUGUGGACACCUCUUUAUGAGCUAAAGCAAUCUAAGACCAGAAGAGAUAAGAUGUAUCACAUUGUCAAAAUGGGUUGCCAAAACUGACACAAAUCAAAAGUUCCCCACUGGAGCUUUAAGUUCACCAAAGUACUUUUUCACGCAGCAUAAAGGUGUAAUGUUUGUUCAAGAAAUUAAUAAUUGUUUGUUUCUGUAAGGGAAAAAUCAUAUUUCCAUUGUAAUGAAUACCCUAUUAACAUCAAACAGGACUUGAUUUAAAAUACGUCUCUCUUGCUCUCUAUACGUCAGGUUGACAGAAUGAGGAGAGAGAGACUAACACUGCACAAGCACUUACUCUAUGUUUCUCAUUUUGAGCACACAUCUCUACCUGACCUCACUUCUGAACCACAUCUGAGGUCUGUGCAUCCAAACUAACAACGAUUUACUGUCUGUUUACCUGUAAGUACAGUUUAUGUUCAUCUCUUGUAAAAGCAUAUGACUUUAUCUACACUUUGUAUUCUUGGUUCUGGGGUUUGAAUAAGAUAUUUACUGAGAGUCCAGCCUCUCAUCUUUAAUGGUUUAAACUACCUCUGUUUUUGCCUCCUCCUCAGAGGAUUAAUGCAGUAGUAACACAUUAUUUAAAUACAUGUAGAGUUGUUAUGUUUUUCUAGAUAUCAUGUUGGUAUAUCCGUGAUUUUAAAGAUAUAGACUUGGACGAAAAUGCAUUGUUAAUAUAUUUAUGCAUUAAGUCAAAACAUGUUACUGUGUCUAAAUGGAUACCUUAAAUAUGGAAAAUAAAGUGCGCCAAAGUUAA